UCGCCUGAAAAUAAGCCAAAAGAUUCGAAAUUGGUAGAGGAUCGCCCAAGGUGAGAUUGCAUGCACGGUAAGAAAGCAAAAAUCAUAGGAUAUGCGUAAGAGUCAUACAAUGCGUACACAUGCAUCUUCGAACUUUCACUAUAAACUGUUAGCGAUGUCGUGCUUGAUGUCUCAGAACCAAGAUUGGCCAACUAUUUCUGCACUUUUCAUUUCCUGCUCCAGCUGCGGUACUCCACACUUAUGUCAGCUUUCCUAAACAGGAAUUUCUGAAUUUCUUCUCAAAUUUCCUCUUUCCAAAAAGGGUAAAGCGUCACCGUAUGUGGUAUCACGUCUUAUCUCCGUAUCCC